UUCGCGGGAGGAGUCACCUGAUUACCCGCACACAGACAGAGACACAACAUGGCGAACGACACAUCGGAGAAAACUCCUCUCCUCGACAACGAGGACGAUUCCUCGGAGUAUCGCCGCUCCAGGGAGCAAGUCAAGUCCCUCUACCUCAAGGCCAGCUCGCAGAAAUCGGGAAUAAUCGCACCGGAGGACCUGUACUGCAGAAAUACCAUCAACAUCUCCGCUAGCAAUUCCAACUUCCAGGACAUCAAAGAGGCCGAUUACAUAGUGGCGAUCUUUGUGGUGGCUUUUGACACCAGAACAGGUAAUAUCAUUGAGUGGUGUAAGCCGGAGGACAGUGACCUCGAUGGAGUGGAGUUCAAGGCCAUGGCGAGCGGAUCCCACACAAUACUUAAGGACUUCAUUUACUUCAAGAAGGAUAACCUGUACGGCCUGAGCUGUUUUGAGAACAUGCCGGUGGAGAGCGAACUUGAACGUGGAGCCAGGAUGAAGUCUGUGGGCAUCCUGGCCACUUCUUACACCUCUCUCUACAGACACAUGCAGUUCCUGGAGAACCAAGUCAGACAUCAACUGGAGACUCCAGGGAGGUACGAGCAACUCCGAGCAUUCUGGGAAGACCGGAAAGGCUCCCUCCCCAUGAGUAACCCUGGCCGCAGUCUACUGUCUCCGAUGACUGAGAUCCCUCGGGCCGACAUGAGGAUAACCCAUCCUGCCGGCUGCUUUUCCCAGUUCCUGAAGUUCUUCGGUGAGCAGAUCUUCGUCCUGUGGAAGUAUGCCCUGCUCAGGAGAAGGAUUCUGUUCUUCUCACCUCCCCCCAUCGGUGUGGUGUGCUACAGAGUGUACUGCGCCUGUUGUUUAGCCAGACACACGAUUCCCGAGAUCCCAGAGAAACCUCUCAAGCCACACUUCUACGUCAACAUCGCAGACAUCGACAGACUGGAGACUGAAGUGUCGUACUUAGCAUGCACGACAGAGAAGAUAUUCCAAGAGAAGUCUCACCUGUACGAUGUGUAUGUGGAUAACCAGAAUGUGGAGACCCACAUCCCCAGUCUACAGGACAUGCUAAGGCUCAACGACAGUGACAGGGACAAGUACAGCAAGCUUCUGAACCAGAGUGAGGAGGUUUACGCCAGCUUGCCACGGACUGUGUCGGAGGAACUGUACAGCAGGGACAUGGAGGAUGAUGAGGUGGCAGACGAUGAGCAGGUCUUCAUCACGUUCUUCACGGAGCAGAACAACAGAAUUUUCCAGACCCUUCUGGACGUGGCGUCGACGUCUGACCGCACGCUGACCAUGGACCACAUGCGCAGCAUGGGGCUGGACCCCGUCAGGGACAGGCAGUUUGUCAUGGACCUGGUCGAGCUGCACGGCAUCGACGUCAUGCUGGUCAUCGACAACCCCUGCUGCGGGGUCUAACCGGCAAGCCAGGGUUCUAGCCAGGAUUUUAUUGUUACAGUAGUAUAAUGGUAAUGGCGAGGUAGUGAAGCCACUGAUCAGGAUUCUAGCUAGCCUAGAUCUGUUGGUGUGGAACGGGGGUUUGGGGCCAUUCCACUUUGAGGAGAUUUUGAAAAAGAAGGUAAAAACAGGCAUUUUAAGGGUACCCAAAGGAGCUUGAUUCUUUUUACACCACAAGUAAUUGGAUUUUUUUAGUCAAUUUGGAGGGUCAGAUCAACAUUUUGGUAUCUAAUCUGACAUUGUUUGACAAGAAAAUACUACCAAAGUACCACUACACUAGUUGAUAAUUAGGGUAAUGGCCCACAUUUAGCAUCAUAAGGAGAUAUAGAUUUUAAACUUUAAGUUAAGAGGCAUGGUUGGUCAAGUAUUGCUUUCAUUGUACAAAAUAAAAUACUAGAAACAAAUUAUACUUUACACCAGAGCCAGAAAUGAACCUACAGUCAGUAAUAAUGCUUUGUGUACGUACAUGUGAUGUGUAGCAACUGUUUUCGGCAAAAAAAGGGUUCUGAGGAGCAACUAAUUGAAUUGUUGUCUGCCUACAAAAUUUAAUAUUGAGUUAUAUCUGUGGAAGUGGGAGAUAUUUUGAUUAUAAAUAUAAACAUUUAGAUAUAGAAAGAUAGCGUUGUAAAAUAUUAUGAUAGCAUUUUAAAUACUAGUGAGGUAUUGAAGUAUUAAGGUAUGUUGACAAUGGGUAUCUAUGUACAUGAUGUAUGAUUUACAUGUUUCAAAGAAACACAGAAGUCACAAAGGAUCAGUGAUAUCAAUCUUCCAAUAGGGUCUAUUUUUGAUCGUGAAAAAAAAUCAUGACCUAACAACUGUGACAUUAAAGCUCCCCCUGUUGAAUCAAAUCAGAACUACAAGAAAAUAUUAUCAUGAUUUGCACUAAGAAGGAAUGAAAAUCAGCAGGUCAUUGUAAUUAGUAUAUGUGUGAUUCAAAACAAGUGUAUGUUUUCCAAUGUUCUCUAGGAGCUGUUUGGCAUUUAAUGCAUUUUCCUUAAUUCUUUUCAAAUUGUGCAGUUGACUCAUAUUUUGAGAUUUUAGCAUUUAAGUCUGAACUAUAUGUGUAAGUUGCAGUAACAUUUCUGUACGAAAAAACAGUAUUGCUUUAACCAUGCAGUAUUUUUGGUAGGUAUUGGUACAAUAUUUACUUAGCAAUUCCCAAAGGCUAGUGAGUUUUCUAUCAAAGACUUUGAAAUUUGGAUCCUUAUGAUCAAAAGAAAUUCAUGGUUUUGGGCAAAAUUUACAAUCUAAACAUUUUUAUUUCCAAUACCAAGAAAAACCUACUAGUAUUAGUAGUGCUUUUAACUUCAAACUCAACUAUUUAUAACAAACUAUCCAUAGCUGAAUCCGAAACACAUCACUAAUACCUGAGUAUAUCUAAUGCACAAGCUGUAUACUAUAGAUUCUUUUAUUCUUAUUGGGACUUAAUGUUGCAGUAGAGGUGCAAAGGUUUUUGCUGACUUUAAAGUUUGCAGUUGGAACAAUUUUGUAGUACAUGAGAAACUCAUUGACUUAGCGGUUGAGAAGUCAACAACAAAAAAUGAGACACUAAAACCUCUUCAAACAUUUCUACAAAGAUCCCAAUCCUGGGAUUUGAACCCUGAUCUAUUAAUCCAGAGGUUAAAUCAAAAGUAAAAUGAGUUGUUGGUUGCGAAUUCUACUCAUUCCUAUUUCCUUGCUGGUGUCAAGUGCCAAGAAAGAUUACUUUUGACAACUUGACAAAGUAACCAAUGUUGGAAGCACUACUUGAAACCGUUAUAUCUUCCCUUUAAGGCAAAACAUAUUGAAGACCUUUUUUUAAGUCAAAAUAGACACAAAACUCAAAGCAACCAUCUUGAUCAACUGAUCGCACAAAAAUUGCAUUUUGAAUUAUUUGAGAAAGGCAAUUUGCAUAAAAUGUACAUAUAGAUACGUAGCGACACGGCCUAUGUACAUAUUCAUGUUGUAAGUUCUUAUACCUAUACAAUAAGUGUUUGAUGUUAGUAAUCUGAAACUACUAAAUGUAUAAAGACUUGUUCGUGCAAUAUAUGUUAGAUAGUUAAAUGUGUAAACGGUGUCAUGACUACAUUACUGUAUCACACUACAUUGCUUGCUUUUGCUUGUCUUUUCUUCUUCUUUGGGCUAAAGGUAACAUAGGAGGCUUGAAUAAUUGAAGAAUGGAAUAUUUUGAAAUUUUCAUCAGUGUAUUUUAAAAUUUCAUAUCAAGUAAUCUGAAUUUGCAGUAAUACUGUCAUUGGCCUACCUCCCUUUUUGACCCAGAACAAAACUUAUGAACAAACGUUAGAGUGCUUCUAAAUACAGAUAUUAUCUAUACGUUAAUAGAUUAAGAAUAUAGCCACUUGCCAUUUAAACUGAUGUAAAUUUUGGUAUCCAAGAGAGAUAAAAAUAAAGUUUGAACGUGUAUGUAAAUGUUAGGUCAUUCUGUAAGAAAUAAACAAGUUACUAC